CAAAUUUUUAGUAAAUAAGAGCUGAAAAAAUGAGUUGAGAUGGAAAUGUACUUAAUUAUCCCUAGAUAUGGAAUAUCUUGACUUGGUUGAUCAUGUUUCGGAAAUUUCCUUAAGAUUGUUUAUGUACAUGUUGUUUCUCUGGAUUGAUUCCCAACACCCUUUUAUCAGACACAUAGAUGAAGAUGAAAUGUGGAUGUAUAAAUACCCAGCGGUGCCUCCUAUUAUACCAAAAAACCUCCUAUUUGUCUUAAUUAUUUUAAUUCCAUCAGUUAUAUUCUCUGUUGAAUAUGCAUUGAAAGGAAGAAAAGAAGAUAUCAUUAAAGGGGUUUAUGGAAUAACAUUGGCGUAUGCGCUCAAUGCAAUCCUUACGGUGGUUUUAAAACUGUUUGUGGGCAGACCCAGGCCCAACUUUUUUAUGAGAUGUUUUCCAGAUGGAUACGGAGUUGAUAUCAAUAAUUGUACCGGAGAAUAUGGUGGACAUAUGGAUGGUAGAAAAAGCUUUCCAAGUGCUCACACGACGUUUGCCUUUACAGGCAUGUUUUUCAUGACGCUGAGGAUGUACACCUUGUUGAAAAUUCAUGAGAGAAACAGGGGACAAGGUUGGAGGUGUGUUCUUUGUGUGCUGCCGUUGGUCAUAGCUGUCCUAAUCGGAAUCAGUCGAACAUGUGAUUACAAUCACCAUUAUACAGAUGUGCUUUUUGGAAGUGCUAUGGGAUCAUGUAUAGCUUACUGUACCUACUACGUCUAUUUUCCAGAGAGGGAUCAGCCCCUAGAUAACAAGCAAACUACUCUUUAAAUUCUGUAAAUGUUAUUUUCUAAUAAACGUGUAAAAAUAUUAGAAAUUAUAUUUAUAUAUAUUUCAA